UUAUUCUUGCAUGAUAAUAUUGCAUAGUGGACAAUCCCCUUUACCCAGAAUAUUUAUUUACUUAAAUUUACCUUGUUUUUUGAAGAAUUUUUUUGUAAAAAAAAAGUGAAUUAACCUUUGAAAAAUGAGUGGAAACCUUCGAAAAGAGGUAUUGAAAAUAUUCAAAACGUUACACAAGACUCGGAUGAAUACCUUUCAUGGAGAUGAAUAUGCCUUGAAUUAUAUCAGAAAUAAAAUUAAUAAUGAAUAUAGAAAGUAUAAAAAUGUUACCAACCAGGAUUCCAUUAUUGAGCUAAAUGAAUUUGCCAAACAAUGUGAACAAGAAGUACGAACAAAUGUCAUUCAAGCAAUUAAAAAAAAUCCAGGCACAUUUGAAUUAAAUGUUAAAGAAGAUCAUCUUAUAGAUAAUAUACCACCUCCAGGUACUCCUCUUCCCAAAGCCAGGAGUAAAUGUGGUACAGCAAAAAAACCAAAAACAUAAUGUUUAUAGAUAAUUAUUAAUUAAUAAUAAAAUAGUUAGUACAAUUAAAAAUAUUUUUCUUUCUUUUAUCAUUUUA